AUGAGCUCCCUCAAGUUUGUAGUGUCCUCGCUCGAGGCCAUUGCCUCGUCCAAGGAUGCCCAGCGCAAUAAGCAGCUUGCCGAGUCGGCUACCAAGGCCCUCGAAGCCAUCAAGGAGCAGGACCAACUCCCCAGCCCCGAAAUCGUCUUCGCCCCCCUACAGCUGGCCUCAAGGUCCAACAAUGUCCAGUUGACCACUGCCGCUCUCGAUUGUAUCGGCAAGCUCAUCUCCUACUCCUACUUCUCUGUCCCUAGCAGCCUCCCCGAGGCCCCCGAAGAUGGCGCCGAAGCCCCCGAACCCGCCCCGCCCCUGAUCGAACGGGCCAUCGAUACCAUCUGCAACUGCUUCCAGGGCGAGACUACUGCCGUCGAGGUCCAACUACAGAUCGUCAAGUCCCUGCUCGCUGCUGUUCUCAAUGACAAGAUCGUCGUCCACGGUGCCGGCCUGCUCAAGGCCGUGCGCCAAGUCUACAAUGUCUUCCUGCUGUCGCGUAGCACCGCAAAUCAACAGGUUGCCCAAGGCACAUUGACACAAAUGGUCGGCACCGUCUUUGAGCGUGUUAAGACGAGAUUACACAUGAAAGAGGCUCGCAUCAACCUUGAUCACCUCAAGAACGGCUCCAGCAAUGCCACCUUUGAGCAGAUUGACUCGGGCAACGGCGCCCAUGAUGGACAUGAUCGCGACGAGUCCCCAGCGCCCCCAUCGGAGGCGGGGACGACGGAGCCAUCGGAGAGUGGUGUCAAGCUGACCCUCAAGGACCUGGAGCACCGAAAGAGCUUCGAUGACUCCAACCUCGGAGACGGACCUACCAUGGUCACCCAGCUGAAGCCUGCGAAGAAGGAUACCGACACCGCGUCCACCAACGACCAAUCGGGCCCCGAUUCCUCUCCCUCAGAAGACGACGAUGCGCUGGACGCCGAGGACGAAGUUUACAUCCGGGAUGCCUACUUGGUGUUCCGCUCCUUUUGCAACUUGUCUACAAAGGUCCUGCCCCCGGAUCAGCUAUACGACGUGCGCGGCCAGCCUAUGCGCUCCAAACUCAUCUCCCUCCAUCUCAUCCAUACCCUCCUCAACAACAACAUUGGCGUCUUCACUUCUCCCCUCUGUACUAUUAAGAAUUCAAAAAGCAAUGAGCCCACGACUUUUCUUCAGGCUGUCAAGUUCUACCUCUGUCUGAGUAUCACCCGCAAUGGCGCUAGCUCGGUGGACAGAAUAUUUAAUGUCUCGUCUGAGAUCUUCUGGUUGAUGAUCAAGUUCAUGCGAGCGUCCUUCAAGAAAGAAAUCGAGGUCUUUCUGAACGAAAUCUAUCUGGCCCUCCUUGCCCGGAGGACGGCGCCACUAUCCCAAAAGCUUCAAUUCGUGACCAUCCUCAACCGACUUUGUGCUGACCCGAGAGCUCUCGUGGAGAUCUACCUCAACUACGACUGCGAGCAGACAGUCGACAACAUCUACCAGACCAUCAUUGAAGAUCUGUCCAAGUUUUCCACUGCACCCGUCAUGAUUACUACCAUCCAUGAGCAAGUCUACGAGGAAAUGAGACUAAAAACCUCUCCCGCGAGUGAGUGGCAGCUGAAGGCGACUCUGCCACCCCCCCUUACUGUGGCCCAAAUCGCGCCGCACUCAGAGCCUGAGCCGGAUUACCCCAAGGAGUACGCGAUCAAGCGACUUUCACUCGAGGCUCUGGUUGAAACCCUGAGGUCUUUGGUCAACUGGUCGGCCCCGGUUCGAGGCGACAGUGAUAGCACGCGAGCAGACAACAUGGAAAGCAAUGCUUCUCUGGAUGUCAUCCGACCUUCAAUCGAUCCAACAAUCAGUGACAGCGCUUCUCGCGUUGAAACGCCCGUGCCUGCUACACCGGUGGUGGAUGACGACCCGGAUCAACUGGAAAAGGACAAGGCCAGGAAGACAGCUCUCACAAAUGCGAUUGCACAGUUUAACUUCAAGCCCAAGAAGGGAAUGAAGCUCUUCCUCCGUGAUGGUUUCAUCGCGAGCGAUACCCCCAAGGACAUCGCAGAGUUCCUUUUGAAGGAGGACAAGCUGGACAAGGCCCAGAUUGGAGAGUAUCUUGGCGAAGGUGACCAGAAGAACAUCGACGUCAUGCACGCUUUUGUCGAUUCCAUGGAAUUUGCCAAGAGACGUUUCGUCGAUGCCCUUCGACAGUUCCUGCAGUCCUUCCGAUUGCCUGGCGAGGCUCAGAAGAUUGAUCGAUUCAUGCUGAAGUUUGCCGAGCGAUACGUUAUGGGCAACCCUAAUGCCUUCGCCAAUGCCGAUACGGCCUACGUCCUGGCUUACUCUGUCAUUUUGCUCAACACCGAUUUGCACAGCGUCAAGGUUGCUAAGCGAAUGAGCAAGGAGGAGUUUAUCAAGAACAAUCGGGGCAUCAACGACAAUGCUGAUUUGCCCGACGAGUAUCUGCUCGGGAUCUACGAUGAGAUUGCUGCCAACGAAAUUGUCCUGAAGAGCGAGCGUGACGCUGCCGCACUAGCUGGCGCUCCCCCACCAAUUGGCAUCGCCGCAGGCCUCGGUCAGGCUCUUUCCAACGUUGGUCGUGACUUGCAGAGAGAGGCGUAUGUGCAGCAAUCCGAAGAGAUCGCCUUGCGAUCAGAGCAGCUGUUCAAGAACCUCUUCAAGAGCCAACGUCGCAACGCCACCAAGUCUGGUAACAAGUACAUCCCAGCAACCUCCUUCAAGCACGUCGGACCCAUGUUUGAUGUGACCUGGAUGUCCUUCUUCUCCACGCUGUCGAGCCAGAUCCAGAAGUCUCACAAUAUAGAGGUCAACAAGCUGUGUCUUGAGGGUAUGAAGCUUGCGACGAGAAUUGCCUGCCUUUUCGACCUCUCCACCGCCCGGGAGGCAUUCAUGUCCGCCUUGAAGAACACGACCAACCUGAACAACCCUCAGGAAAUUCUGGCCAAGAACAUUGAGGCCUUGAAGGUCAUUCUUGAGCUCGGGCAGACGGAGGGCAACAUUCUUCGUAAUUCAUGGAAGGAUAUCCUGAUGUGUAUCAGCCAGUUGGAUCGACUUCAGCUCAUCUCUGGAGGUGUGGAUGAGAGUGCUAUUCCUGACGUGUCUAAGGCCCGGUUUUUGCCCCCUCAGAGGACGGAAACCUCGGAUUCUCGUUCAUCAACCCAGUCUCGAAGACCCCGACCUAGGUCCGUCGCCCCGCACAAGGGAUUCUCAACCGAAAUCGCGUUGGAGAGUCGAUCGGAUGAGGUGAUCCGCGCUGUUGACCGCAUUUUCACCAACACCGCGACCCUUAGUGGUGAGAGCAUGGUUUACUUUGCUAAAGCUUUGACUGAGGUUAGUUGGGAUGAGAUCAAGGUCUCUGGCUCCAACGACUCGCCCCGAACCUACAGCUUGCAGAAGAUUGUUGAGAUCAGCUACUACAACAUGAAUCGUGUCAGGUUUGAGUGGAGCAACAUUUGGGAUGUCUUUGGUGAACAUUUCAACCGAGUUGGAUGCCACAACAACAUGAACAUUGUGUUCUUUGCCCUCGAUUCACUGCGCCAGUUGUCUAUGCGAUUCAUGGAGAUUGAAGAGCUAGCAGGAUUUAAGUUCCAGAAGAACUUCCUAAAGCCAUUCGAGCACGUCCUCGCCAAUUCCAACAACGUCACAGUCAAGGACCUGGUGCUGCGAUGUCUGAUCCAGAUGAUUCAAGCUCGCGGAGACAAUAUCCGCUCUGGCUGGAGGACCAUGUUCGGUGUCUUCACCGUGGCGGCGCGAGAGCCGCAUGAGAGCAUCGUUAACCUGGCCUACGAGAACGUCAACCAGGUGUACAAGACCAAGUUCGGUGUCGUCAUCUCUCAAGGUGCCUUCACAGAUCUCAUUGUCUGCCUCACAGAGUUCUCUAAGAACCUUAAAUUCCAGAAGAAGAGCCUGGCGGCUCUUGAGCUUUUGAAGUCGCUGAUCCCCACGAUGCUCAAGACGCCAGAGUGUCCGUUGUCGGUGAAGUAUGGCAAGAAUGGUUCUCUCAAUGGAGAAGACGCGUCAGCCGACACACUGAAGCGGACGAGGUCCAACAACACCUCUGUUGAAGAGGGCUACUGGUUCCCAGUGCUCUUUGCAUUCCAUGAUGUGCUCAUGACUGGCGAGGAUCUCGAGGUACGCUCCAAUGCGCUUGAGUACUUCUUCGAGGCCCUUCUUAAGUAUGGUGGUGACUUCCCCCCGGAAUUCUGGGAUAUUCUUUGGCGCCAGCAACUCUACCCUAUCUUUAUGGUGUUGAGGUCUCGACCUGAGAUGUCCAACGUUCUCAACCACGAAGAGCUUUCGGUGUGGCUGUCGACAACCAUGAUUCAGGCGCUGCGCAACAUGAUUACUUUGUUCACGCAUUACUUUGAUGCGCUCGAGUACAUGCUAGACAGGUUUCUAGAGCUCUUGGCCCUUUGCAUCUGCCAAGAAAACGACACCAUCUCUCGAAUCGGAAGCAACUGCCUACAACAGCUGAUUUUGAAGAAUGUGACCAAGUUCCAGCCACAACACUGGACCAAGCUGGUGGGAGCUUUCUGCGAGCUGUUCGAGAGAACUACAGCGUACCAGUUGUUCACUGCUACGGCAAUUAACUCGACAGCCUCUCUGGAACCGCCACCGAACGGGCUUGAUUUCUCAGGUGCGAAUGGCGCCCGGGGUGAAGGCGAUGAGCUUGUCGAUGAGAAAUCUCUGAAGAUUAAUGGUGUUGAAGAGACCCAUCUUACUACAGACGACGACUCGCUUGUUCCACCCUUGUCUCCUCGCCCAACUGACGAAGAGUUGCCGCCAAGCGCUCCCCCACAACUGGAGGAGUUCAAGCCGACGUCGAACCUGCAACAGCAGCCUGUCGUAGUAACGGCAGCUCGCCGCCGGUUCUUCAACCGCAUCAUCUCCCGUUGUGUCCUGCAGCUCCUGAUGAUUGAGACUGUGAACGAGCUGUUUGGCAAUGAUACCGUCUACGCACACAUUCCCUCAUCGGAGCUUUUGCGGCUGAUGGGUCUUCUGAAGCGAUCGUUCCAGUUUGCUCGCAAAUUCAACGAGGACAAGGAACUGCGCAUGAGGUUGUGGCGCGAGGGCUUCAUGAAGCAGCCGCCCAACUUGCUGAAGCAGGAAAGUGGCUCGGCGGCGACCUACAUUUCGAUCCUCUUCCGAAUGUUUGCGGACAACGCGCCGGAAAGACUUGAGAGCCGCCCCGACGUGGAGGCAGCGCUGGUGCCACUGUGCAAAGAUAUCAUUGCUGGCUACUCAGCUCUCGAGGAAGAGAGCCAGCACCGAAACAUUGUGGCCUGGCGACCGGUCGUAGUCGAUGUGCUGGAGGGCUUCGUGACGUUCCCCAUCGACGCCUUCAAGUCGCACAUUCCGGACUUUUACCCGCUGUCUGUUGAGCUCCUUACUAAGGACCUGACGCCGGAUCUGCGUAGCGCUCUCCUGCUGGUGCUCCGACGAGUUGGCGAGGUCGGACUUGGCAUUGAGGGCAUGGGCAGAGUGCCUGACCGGAGGCCCUCCGCGAUGGUGAGCCGAGGGAACGAUGGGGCCAUGGGUGACCGCGAGGCGGACGCGAGGAGGAUGCUGUAA